ACUCGAUAUUAUAUCCUAAAUAAGGGGGGACAGAGACACCGCCUAGGUUCCAUAUAAAUGUUACUGUUUAGAUGCCCCAUCGAGUUCUUCUACGGUGUUUCAAGAACAAAAUGAGGGCAUUUCAAAUAAUUUUAACGAUAGCUCUGUUAUCAGUUGUCUCCUGUGGAGAUGUAUCAAAAAAAGACAAAAGGGGUCUCUUAGGACUUGGAUAUGGCUCUGGAAUUGGCCAUUUAGGAUCAGGCGGUCUAGCCCUUUCAUCGGGAUAUGGUUUGGGAAAGGGGGCGUUAGGCUUAAGCAGUGAUCUAGGCUUAGCAGAUAUCAGUCUAGGAGGACCAGGCCUUCUCGGAGGAACCCAUACUCACACCCAUUCAGUCAGCACCAUCAACCGAGCUGUUCCCAUACCAGUACCUCAACCAAUAGCAGUUCCAGUCGACCGUCCAGUACCAGUACCCCAUCCGGUACCGGUACCUUACGACGUACCGCGUCCUGUACCUUAUCCUGUUCCACAACCUUACCCAGUUACGAUAACGAAAACGAUACCUGUUGAAGUACCACGUCCAGUAGCGAUACCAGUACCGCAUGCAGUACCCGUAUCUGUACCUCGACCUGUACCAAUUUCGGUACCCCACCCAAUAGCGGUACCUAUAUCGGUACCGCAACCCGUAGCUAUUAAGGUACCAGCUCCAUCGCUGGCUCUAUCGAGUUUGGAUCUAGGACACGGUGGUUUGGGAUCAAUAGGAUUAAGUUCUAGCUAUGUUGGAUUAGGACAUGGUAUUGGUUUAGGAGGAUAUGGUGGUGGGUUAGGAGGACACGGUCUCGGAUUGGGAUUAAGUAAAGGGAUUGUUUUAGGAAAGGGAUGGUAGUUUUUUGUUGUAUAAUAGUUUGUUAGUGAUUAGACCUGCUAUUACUGUGUGUAUUGUUGUAGUUUUUUUUAAAUAUACGAUUUAUUUUUC